AUGGACGAGGACUUCUCCCAGAUGAAGAAGAUGGCCUUGGCCAUGGGCACGUCCCUAUCAGACAAGGACAUUGAGCUGCUGCCCACGGACAUGAGACACUACGGAUCCUUCAACUACCUCAAGUUCUUCGAGCACAUGCGCAAGUUCCACGCCUCGGGCCAGCUGGACGAAGCCAUCCGCAAGGCCUUCCAGGCCCUGGACAAGGACAGGAGCGGCUUCAUUGAGUGGAACGAGAUCAAGUACAUCCUGUCCAUCGUCCCCAGCAGCGGGCCCACUGCUCCGCUGACAGACGAGGAGGCUGAGGCCAUGAUCCAGGUGGCGGACACAGACGGGGACGGGAGGAUCAACUACGAAGAAUUUUCUGAAUUGAUCAAAAAGGAGAAAAUUCCAAAGAAGAAGUAG